AUGAUUGAUCUAGGGUUGGCCCGCAUUGGCCAUCUCAUCAAGCACACACCCCAGACGUGGAAGGCCAUCCAUGUGGCCGGCACCAACGGCAAAGGCUCCAUAUGCGCCUACAUCUCGGCCAUGCUCAACGCCAAAGGCAUAUCAUACGCCAGGUUCACCUCCCCUCACUUGGUCGACCGGUGGGACUGCAUUGCCAUCAAUGGCAAGCCCGUGUCGGAAUCCUUGUUUCUUGAAGUUGAGAAGCAGGUGAAGCAGAGGGAUGUGAGCGAGAACAUUGGCGCAAGCGAGUUUGAGCUCCUGACCGCGACUGCCUUUGAGAUCUUCAACCGCCAAAAAGUCGAAUACGGAGUUGUCGAAGUUGGUCUUGGUGGCAGGCUAGAUGCGACGAAUACACUCAAACAGAAAUCGGUUACCGUUAUUUCCAAGAUUGGUCUUGAUCACCAGUCUUUCCUGGGAAACACCAUUGAGGAGAUUGCACUUCAGAAAGCAGGAAUUAUCCGCCAGGGCGUACCCUGUGUGGUGGAUGGCAGCAACCAGCAGUCAGUUCUGCAGGUAAUAGAACAGCAUGCUAAGGAAACAGGGGCAUCAUUGCAGUUUCCCAACGCGACAGCUGUUGCGGAAGAGCUUGCGAAGUCAGGAGAGACCUUUGAGCCACACCAAAUCCAGAACCUGGCAGCUGCUCAUCUGGCCUUCCGUCUGGCUUGCCCAGAGCAUGAUGCCCCGUUAACAAGUCUUCUGCCCGCUAUCAAGCAGCUCAAAUGGCCUGGUCGCCUCCAAAAGAUGAGUCUCGAAAACAUCACCGGCCGUCAGCAAGACGUGCUCUUAGACGGCGCUCACAACACCCAGUCAGCUGAGGCACUGUCUGGCUACGUCCAAAGACACCUUCGUUCUUCAGGAAAUCCAAUAACCUGGGCGCUGGCCGCCACGCAAGGCAAGGAUAUGAACGGGAUUCUCAGUCUGUUACUCCAACCUGGUGAUCAAGUCGUUGCUGUCAGGUUCGAACCUGUGGACGGAAUGCCCUGGGUCAAAGCAGCCGAUCCCAAGGAGCUCCUCGACUUGGCCACUCAACAUGGUGUCGACCAGUCAUCGGUCUACAGCGCCGGAGAGAACGUAAAAGACGCCUUAACCAAAGCAUCCGAGAUGGCAGGCGAAAGGCCAGUAGCGGUCAACUGCUCGUGUUCAAACUGGUUGAUAAAACAUCCCACCACCGUCACUGUCAUGACAACCCCCAAUCACCUCGUCAUAGUCUGCGGCCACGGCAUCUACCUCGGCGGUCCGCAAAACGGCCAUGACGAAUCAGAAUGGCUCAUUGAACCAUACAAAAAGGGGGAAACGCCCACUUUCAUGGCGCAUAUCAAAGCCGGGGCGGAUGUUGUGAAUUCUGAUCCGAGAUCAGUGUUGGUGUUUUCUGGAGCCGCAACCCGCCCAGAAACGCACCUCUCCGAGGCAAAAUCCUACUGCAACCUCGCCCUCGACAACAACUACUUCCCCCCGACCCUCGUGGGAUCCCGUGUGCUGCUGGAGGAACGAGCCCUCGAUUCCUAUUUCAACAUCUUGUUCUCUUUGAUCCUCUACUGGCGGCAGCACCCGUCAAAUCACUGGCCGGAACGCAUCACCGUCGUCUCCCACGAGUUCAAGCGCACUCGUCUUGUCGACGGCCACUGCGCAGCUGUUGGAUUCCCUCUAGACCGGGUAACCUUCCUCGGCAUCAACCCCCCCAGCCUCAAAGCCGAAGACCAAGCCAGCAACCAGCUCACCCUCGGUCAAUGGGAACAAGACCCCCACGGUGCCAGCCUUGACCUCCUCGCCAAAAGGCAAAAGAGAAACAUCUGGGGUGUCAGCCAAGCCCUGUUCCUUGAUAAAAACGAAGCCACAAAGGCAGGACUGGAAGGACAAAUCAGGACUUCAAAAGACGGCUCUCAAACAUUGCUCGACUACAAAGGCUGCAUCCGUCCCUGGGCUACGUGA